AUGUCCACCAGCGACCUCGGCCCCGCCGAAUCCUUCCCCUUGAAAAUGUUUCGCACAACCAUGGAUAUCGAGUGUGCCUCCUGGAUGGAUUUUCUACACGGCGGAUUGCAAUUCCAAGUCGUGCAUCAUUUGUUUCCGCGACUGCCGAGACAUAAUUUGCGCAGGGCGCGGGGGUAUGUGAGGGAGUUUUAUGAGGAUGUGGGGAUUCCGUAUGUGAGUUUUGGGUUUGUGAGAGGGAACAAAGAGGUUAUCGGCAGACUGGGUGAAGUUGCGGCCCAGUUGAGGGUUUUAGAGGAGUGUAGGAAGGUUGCUGCACGGGACUUGGUUGAGGGCCACGUCGAAGUCACACUAGGAACGACGUAA